UCGGAAAGGAGGUUAUUGUUGCAAUGAGACGGGCACUGCACUGUCGAUAAAGUGUGUUUGUAUGUCGUUUUCGUCGAUAAUAAGUGUUGUGUUUACUUUCACCCGUGCGAAUGUCUCAAUCCUUACUUUUUUUGUUUGUUUUUAAUUUUAUAACUGCCACAUGGGUUGGCGUUUUAGUUAACCCUUUAUUUUGAAACGAUGGAACGUUGUUCUUACGGUUUUUACACCAAAAGAUCUGAAAUUUUGGACAACAUUCAAAAGAAAAAAGAACAAGAAAAGGAGCAACCAAGUAGUCCAAAUUUCCAACAACAACAGUUAUCUAAGCCACCUGAAAAACAAAUUCAUACACCUGAAGCACCUAGUGCAAGUUUAGUGUCACAACAUGUUCCCACACAACUCCUUUCUCCAACACAAGGUGCUGGCUCAGCAGUUCAGCCAAAGGAGGACUCUAAAGAUAAAACAUUAAAAGUCACAAACUCUACAACUAUAACAUUAAUAGAAAAUAACAGUAUAAAUGGUGAAAAGGAUAAGGAUUUUCCAAAAAAUUAUUUUACUUUAGAGCCUAAGAAUGACAAGAAAGAUGAUCUAAAUAAGAAUAGUAUAACAAUAACAAGAACACUCCCAAAGCAAUCUCCGGGAUCAGGGCAGCCUGACAAGGCUAAAGCUGGGGCAAAAACUGCCAAAAGACCUUUGCAAUACUUGGAGACUUUGGCACAAAAAGCAGGAAUUACUACUGAAGAUAAAUAUGAAGCGGCCAACACUUUACUGGCUUUAGAUAAACAGAAUAAUACCUUCCGAAGGCCAGAACUGAAACAACCAAAAGCUGAACCAGAAACUCAUUCUCAGGCUGAAGAUUUUAGGUACAGAAAUCAAAAAGAAGAUGAUGAUAAGUUACAGAUACAACAGCAAAUAAUUCAGCAACAGCAACAACAGCAGUUGCAGCAAUUGCAGCAGCAGCAGUUGCAGCUGCAGCAGCAGCAAAUCCAGCAAUUUCAGCAACAAGCUCUACAGAGGCAACACCAAGCCAUUCAGCAACAUCUGAAGAAUCAGCAGGACCAACAAGAGUUGUUACAAAAACAAUAUCAGCAACAACAGCAGCAACAACAACAACAGCAGCAGCAGCAGCAACAACAACAGCAGCAGCAGCUGCAGCAGCAGCCUCAACAACCGAAGCCUGAAAUUCAGCAAUUACCUCAGUCUCAACAAGAUUUGCAACAACAAAAAUUUGUUCAGGUGGUCAAUAAUCAGUCUCUUCACACACAGCAAUUCAAUGUGCCCGGUAUAGGUGAAAUAAAUCUCAGUUUUCUCGCGUCACCACAAAAUAACGUGAACCUUCUGUUUGACAAGAAUCAUAAGCCCGGCAUGAGCGGAGAGAUCAAACAAUCGAUAACAGAAGGACAAAAUCAGCAACAAAUGAGUAUGUCACAGCACGAUUCAAACCAGCAACACCACCAGACAGUAACUGUGGUGUCUUCUAUGCCGAGCAGUAUGGCAACACAUCAGGUUCCGCAGCAGCAAGCAGCCGGUACAAUACAGCAACAGGCUGGGGCUAGUAUAUCUACUAUGGGACCGAUACAGAGCUUACCACCCAACACUCCACAUCCUCAGCAAUUAAGUGCCGAUUGGGGACAUGGACGCGUACAAGUGAUUCAACAGCCACUCCAAAAUAGUACUUACCUGCAGCAACUGUACAAUGCGCAGGGGCCACUUCUUAUGCCAGGAAAUAUUGCGUUACAUCCACAGAUCAAUUCGCAACAGAUACAGGUAAUCGCCGCUGGCAAACCAUUCCAAGGCAACCAGCUCGCUCCACAUAUGCUGACUACGCAAGGAAAGCAAGUACUACAGGGACAGACUGCAUCGUUCCCUGGAUACACCACUAUCCCGACGAUACCUACUACGCAGAACCAAACAUUCGUGUUUAGCCCGUUGGGGGUGCUGAAUUCCCAGCCGAGCAUUCUUCCGGCCCAUUCUCAGGCUUCUGGAAUGAAUCAACAACAAAAACCCGGAGAUAUGCAUAAGGGGAUGAGUGGAGGGAAAGUAACAACAGGCAAAGUGAAUACAGGAAAUGGUCAGACUGUACCACUUCAAACUCAAUGUGUGCAGGUCUCUCAGCCAGUUCUUGGACAACAGCCACAAGCCCAAAUCAUCAGCCCCUUGCAGGCUGGGGGACAGAUGCAGUUUGCCCCUUGGCAGAUAUCAGGGGCGAUACCCCAAGUUUGGGCUGGAGGAUUGCAAGCUGGGACGAUCCCGGCUGGCGGGUUGUUAGCCCCGAACCCCAUCUUCAUACGAGGCUCGCAGCAGGAUCCACCGCCUUCUAUGUUCAUACAACAUUCACCCCAAAAUAAUGUUCAGCAUACCAGUGAAAGUGUGGCGUCGUCAACCGUCAGUACCACUAAGCCAAGAGCCUCUACCGAUGGAAUGUCAAAAACACCUCGCCCUCUGUCUAACAUAUUGCCCUCGAGUGGCAUACGACCAGCUUCUAGUGUUUCUACGCAGACUAGCGCUAACCAGGCACAAAACGCUGCAAAGCAACGGAUGAGGGUGGGUGUACGUGCAUCUACGCCGAAGCAAGAUGCAGCGAAUCAAACGAAUAAAAUGCAACUUUCAAUGCAACAGCAGAAAACUCAGUUACUGGUUAUGAACUCGACGGGCCAAAUGACACAGAUCUCGAGCGUAGACAAACAGUCUCACAACAAAAAUGUGCAGCAACAACAACAGCAGCAGCAACAACAACAACAACAACAGCAGCAGCAGCAGCAACAACAACAACAGCAGCAACAACAACAGCAACAGAUAAUGCAACAACAAGCAUUACAACAGCAACAACAGCAACAAGCACAGCAGCAACAACAACAACAACAACAAUUGUUGCAGCAACAGCAGAACCAACAGCUAGUCCAGCAGUAUCAACAAGUUUUCGGGAGCGGUCUUUGGACACCCGGAUUGCUAGGCAUGCAACAAGCAUUACCAGUGGGUUCAGUCGCUCAGACUUUGCCUUUGGCAGGCCUUCCGCAAAUAUCUAUGGUUCAUCAAAUUCAUCCAUUGAGUGGCGCUGGUCAGCCUGGCACAUUAGUUAGCCAAAUAAGCACUAGUCAACCAACGCAAAACGCAUUAACGCAAGUCCAAACUAUUCCACAUCAGCAGGGCUUAGUUGGAAGCGGGUUGGUUCAAACUUCAGUUGGUAUGGCUAUUCAACAACAGUCGCUCAACGCUACUCAAAUGUCCAAUGUAUCGUCCAACAGUUUAAGUACACCUCAAAUAACAAUCCAGGCCUCAGGCCUUGGAUUAAUAACGGCACCGGUACAAGGCUCCGUAGUGCCGUUACAGUCACAAAUUGUGUCUCAACAAAGUCAAGGGAAACAAGAUGAGAAGCCACAGCAGAUGCCGGCUUCGACGACGGUUCAGCAAGUGUCUACCUCUGACGCGUCUACGGAGGCCGUGCCAUCGAGUGCGCCAGCUAGUGACGUCACUAUUUCUACAACUGUCACCACACCAAAUACCUCUCCGUCAUCUGAGGGUUCUAAGCGUUCGGAGGCUUCCGUGAGCACGUCAGUCUCAAUCUCUACCUCUUCGGCACCCACUAGCAGCACAGUUACUACGAAUGUUAAGCAGUCACCAGUUGCGGUCACGUCGUCGUCGACGUUGUCGUCAUCGGUGAGCGUGACGUCAGCGAAUAUGACGUCACCGACGACUAUGUCUGUUGCGGCCAGUUCCAUAACAUUCAAAAACUCCCAAUGUACGCCAAGGAACAUCAGUUCGCAACAAGUUACGGACAAAGGGUUACCCAAGGCGAUGGUUAAACCAAACAUUUUGACUCACGUGAUUGAAGGUUACGUCAUACAAGAAGCAGCUGAACCAUUUGCCGUAAAUCGUCCACUCCGCGAAUGGAGUUCUGGUGAUAAAGAGCAAGAAAAAGAAAAGGCGACAACAGACGAUCCGCCACUUAUUUUUAAUACUUUAGCUGGCAAGAGAGCAAGAAUGGAUAUUACUACCAGUCUACCACGGAUAUCGUCAAGCAACGACUCAAAUCUUCCCAGUACUAGUCAGGCUAGCAAUGAAGUUUCGGAGGCACCUGAUACUAUCCAAGUAGAUGAAGAUGCGAAAGAACUGCCCAAUGCUCAUAAGUGGACUGUUACCGAAGUAUGCGAGUUUAUCCGCAACAUACCGGGUUGUGCCGGCUAUGCGGACGAGUUCCUCAUGCAAGAAGUGGAUGGUGAAGCUCUACUUCUGAUCAAGCCUGAACACUUGGUGAUGGCGCUGUCUAUGAAGCUUGGACCAGCUCUCAAAAUUGUCGCUUGUAUUGACUCGUUGCGUCCGGAGAGUGAACAGACAACGGCUGACGCAAAUGAAUGAGAUUGGUUUUAAGGCCCCGGAUAACUCCGGUGGACCUUAACAUGACGAUUAUGAUAUCAUAUGAUAUAUUUAUAUUCAUAAAAAUUAAACUCAUUGCACUGUUUUUGCUCUAUUGUAUUUUAUCAUAGUGUAAAUUUAAUUUGAUAGAUAGAGACAAAAGAGUGCAAUUAAUUUACUUCUUAUGAGUAAAAGCCGAUAUGAGGCAUAGUGUUUGUAUGUUUGAACCCUUUAAGAAUGUAUAGUAGCUUUUUUCACACAUUUUUUAUGAAUAAGUAAAAGCCGAUUGGAGGCAUAUGUGUAUACCCUAUUAGAAAUGAUACCUAUUCUUUAACGUAUAUGAUGUCGAAACGAACGUUAACUAUGAAAUUGUUGGCAAAAUCUGGUUGUAAUAUAAAAAUCAAACGUAAAUUUUAAUUAUGCAUUUUAUUUUAUUUUUUUGACGAUAUAUGUAUUAUAUGUUCUUUUUGACACAGUUUAUAUCACUUACGCGAUAUUCAUAAAUACAACUUGUUUAAUCGAAGCGUUAGCUUCAUAAUUGUUUACCGUUAGUUUACUUUUUUUUAUUUUUUUUAUUUUUUUUUUUCGUAUAUCUGGACAUGUCGAAUCUCCGCCUAUUAGUUUUAAGCGUUUGAUAUUUUGUUAUGCUCACGCGCUGACAAUCUUAGGUUAAGUUGACGGGGAAUUUUUGUACAAUGCUGGAGUUUUCCGUAAUAGUUCGGCCGUUAGAUAGAGGGGAUGCAACGCUGAAAGUAAUCUUGCUUUAUCUUUAUAAACUGUUAAAAUUUACUUGAAUUUUAUACAAUCACAGAUAAAUGCGAAAUUCUCUCGAGUUAAUUCGGCUUCGAUACCAUGAUCACACCAACACCCACAGAAAUUACCCCACGUCUUCAUGGUUACAACACCACGUUGACACCCAUAUUUUUAAGUAAAAAAGUAGGUUUUAAUUUAAAUUCUACGAUGGCGAUUUGUACUCCCAUGACAGAUGGGAGUCAUCGCUGUCUCCACACUGAAUAACCUUAAGUAACUAAUUUUUAAGUUUCCAUAGUCUCUACUGUAGUGUUUAAUGGUGGUGGGUAGAUAAGUGUAAAUAGGUAAUGGCAAGUGCAAUUCGUUAGUGUACGUGUCUUAGUUGUUUAAUAUUUUGUUUAUGUUAAUGGUGCUACGUAUUUUAAUUUUAUAUUUCUUUAUUAGUUAAGACUUAUUUUUAGGUACAAAUGACAACGUUGUUAAAGUUUAGGCCAGAUCAUUCUAAGGGUUCGUUUACACGCAUGCAUAAAUUAUAUUAGAUAAAUUCACCGGCUUUGUAUUCUCGGCUAGUUAUUUCUUGAUUGAUAAAGGAUAACUGCAAUAUUUCCGUUUGUCUCAUAGUUCGCUCUUAUUGGAGUAUUACGUUUACACUAAGUCACAUAACGGUAUUAAAAUGGUAUUCUUAUUUUGGAUAAUUCUCUUUACACUGCCUGGCAUAGAUAAUGAUAAUUAAUUUGUAUAGCCAUUUUAAAUAUGAGUGAUUGGGACACCUUAAAGUUAAUUUUAAACAUUUUAUACUUGUUUGGUCUUUUUUAAAUUGCUAAUUUGCAUGUCAAUUUUAAAUCGUUCUCGCCUUUAUAACGGUAUUAAAAAGGUAUUCUUAUUUUGAAUAAUUCUCUUUACACUGCCUGGCAUAGAUAAUGAUAAUUAAUUUGUAUAGCCAUUUUAAAUAUGAGUCCCAAUGGACACCUUAAAGUUAAUUUUAAACAUUUUAUAUUUGUUUGGUGUUUUUUAAAUUGCUAAUUUGAAUGUCAAUUUUAAAUCGUUCUCGCCUUUGUAUAAAAUUUAAUAGUGGAUGUUUUACGAAAAUAUAUUUUUAUCCCAACACUCAUUGGAUAAAACUUUUACUUAUAGAGUUAAAUACCAAAAACAGGUCAGUAUGAUUGUAAAAUACUAGUUUAUAAAUAAUUGUACUUAGUAUAGUGUGUUCGACACACCAAAUGGCUGCACUGCGGGAAAAUGUUACGUUGUAAAUAGCGCUGUGCGUUUUAAAACCUGAAAAAUUACAGUUAAUUUUAUCUGUUUACCAACUACAUACAUCAAUUUAAACCAUGCAGUUAUUAUAAGACGGUUUUGAAACACACGAUCACACCCGUAACAAUUUCUCGUAAUAAGUGUAUGUCAUAAUUUGUGUUCUCUAGAAUGUAACUACAUAAUAGUUCAUAUGAUAUAUGGAUAACGUGUAAAUACUGAUAAUCAAAUUUUAACUCAUGUUUAACACGAGUUCCUUUAAUUUAUGAUUGUCUAUGUCCUCAAAUAUCUUCAAUAGACAGUUUUGAGUUAAAGAUAACUUGUUCAAUGUCAAUUUCACAAUAAACUACAAUACGUAGUUAAUAUAUAACGCAACAUCACAUACUGUCACAUCUGGUAAGAUAUUUUGCUGUAAGUGCUUGCUUGUACAGAAAUACAAUGGACUAAAUAGUAUAAGCAUUGUACAAAAUCACUAAAUAUAUUUCGAUGCCCUUGUAUUUCUUAUUUAUACAUAGAACAUUCGUUAAGACUUAUAAAAUUUGUACUAAAACGAGUUUGUCCCUCCUGUUGCUCAAUUAACAGACACUGAAUCAUCUUAAAUAAAGAAAUGAGACUGAA